AUGGAGCACGAUGACCCUCCGAAACCGGGGCCGGAUGACGCUGUUCUUCGGGCAUUGUCGCAGCUUCAGGAAGACGGGGACCUCGAAAAGUUCCUGGAAGUGAAGGUAGACCUGAGCCAGCAAAUACAAAUCGCUCCCUACCGGAGCAAGACUCCCUUUGAAGCUCUGUUGGAAGGCCUGACGAAAUCCAAGCGCUUGUGCUCUCCUUCCGGCAUGGCUGCGGUCAAGAGGGCCGUGUCCGAGUUCGGGGCUCCCUGGACGGUUCAAACCUUCGGGCAGCUGCUGUGCGACCUCAUCGAGCUCCGCGCCGUGGCCCAGGGUCGCGAGCUGGUGGACUUCGCCAUCGCCACCGGGGCGCGCUGGGGCCAAGACGGUCAUGUGGUCUUUCGUGGCGACUUCGCCUUCGAGCUCAUGGUGCCUCGCCUCCUUGAUGCCGACCUUCUGGACGAGCCAGCUUCCAUGGAACUUCUGGAAAGGUCUCUGACAGAGUGUGAGCAGCAGAAUGUCAUGGGAGUCUUGUUGGAGGGUGGUGGGACAGUCUUCUCAGAGCUGGUGUAUGGUGCAGUCUCCUACGGAAUCUUGGGAACCCCGAAGGGGGAUGCGCUUAUCAAUCUCGCCCUGGAGCAUGGCGCCGACUGGGCCUGCCUGGAUGGGUGGAAUGGCACACCGUUCGAGGAGAUCCUCCGCUUGGCUUUAAAGAGCAACCCGAGGCAAAAGACCACCAUCUCGCCGGAGGCUGCACUUGCCUACACCCGCAAAGUACUGCAGAACCAUGCGAAACCCGGUCUCCUCUGGAACGGUUCGAAGAAUCGGACGGAGCACGGCCAUCAGGAGUCCCAUGGAGCCUUCAGCCUCCUGCUCCGCACUUUGGUCCAGGAGAAGCGAGUCGGGCAGCCGAUCUCCCGCGAAUUCUUGCGGCUGGCAGAAGAGACCGGAGCUCGGUGGGAUGCCAUCCACUGGAAUUUUACCUCUGCGUGUGGAAUCUACCAGCUCGGCUGUCUCACUACUUUCCACUUGUUUGUCCAGGACCUUGCGCUGUCGGGUGCCUUAGAACACCCCGACGGGGUCGACAUGGUGGCCCGCGCUCUGGAGAAUGGAGCCGACUAUCGGAUCGAUGAUAAGAAACCCCCCGGCCCGAAGCGCAUUGCAGUGGAUAUUCCAGGAUUGGUCUGGGGCUGCCGGAGGGAGACCGUGCGCCUGCUGGCGCUGCUUUCCUCCGGGAGGGCCUUCCCCUGUGAGCCGCCAGGUCAGGAAGGAGAUCUGGUGUCUUCCUUAGUUGCACUGGCUCAGUUCGUGAAGGCGGCUCAGCACACCUCUGCUCUUCAGGUUCGGCAUCCCAUCGUGAGGUCGAUACUGGGCUUUCUGCCUCGUGUUCCGCAAGUGCUGGGGUACGAGUUCACGGACUGGCGCAAGGUGGCGCAUCAUCCGCAACCUCUCCGUGGAUUGUCUGAUUCGUCAUGA